AUGGACGACGUCACGGUCCAGAAGUUGAGGGAUAAGUGUCGUCGCCUCCGAAAUGAAGCGGAAAGUGUCAUCAUCAACGAGCUUGCCCGCGACAUCAUUCCUGCGAUGAAGGAGCUCCCUGACCAGAGAUUGGGGAGGAGUACCGACCAACAUUGGUGCAAUUCAGUCCCUGUCCCGCUCAACGCGGCAAGUUUGGCCAACCCCCUUCCCAUGCCUAAACCCAAACCAGAUCUCGUUUUCGGAUAUUCCGAGGAAGCCUUCACCAGCAACCAACUCUUUACCAUCGAUCUUCUUGUGGACGACCAGUUCGGCCGAAGCUAUGCCGUCCCGGACCAGAAGGUUCGAUUUCCAUUUCUCGAGAUCGAGUUCAAAUCGCAGGCUAAAAACGGAACCCACUAUGUCGCAACGAACCAAGCCGCCGGCGCCGGCGCUAUUGCCUUGAAUGGCCAUCUGGAUCUAAUCCAGCGCAGCUUCGGACUGGAAAGUUUUGACUACCAAGAGCCACGGUACUUCUCGAUCAGCUUGGACCAUGAGUUAGCUCGGAUAAACGUACACUGGCUGGGAGCUCCGGCUGAAGGAGAGCAACAUAGCUUCCAUGUUGAGGGAUUGUCUCAGCAUCUUCUGCGCGAUUCAAAUGGUAUUCGAGCGGCUUCCCGAGCGAUUAAGAACAUUCUGGAUUACGGUGCCGACAGACGGCUGCAAGCAGUGUGCGAGACACUGGAUGCGUACCGGGAGACGGUGCUCCGGACCAGAGAAGCGGCAACCUUCACGCCAGACAAGAGGAACGAUGCUAUCGCGUGA